AUGGAGGCCCGCGGCGAAUCCCAGCCUGACACGAGUUGUUCGUCGUUUUCCUGGGACGGCUCCGGGGUCUCGGUGUCCAGGGAGGUGCUGACGGCGGGCAGUGUCGGCCACGGAGGUAUAAGGGACAAGUUGGUCAUCAACUCCAAGCCUAAUUCCAGAAAGAAUUCCACUCUUCAAAAAGUUCGGAAAAAGAGGAGUCCCCUAUUGGACCAAGUACAGAGCUUUCUCCCACAGAUGGCUCAGGCAAACGAAAAGCUAAGGAAAGAAAUGGCAGCUGCACCACCUGGUCAUUUCAAUAUUGAAAAUAUUGACACUCUCGGAAAAGUUAUGCAAAUGGUUAUGGCCUUGUUUGAGAUGAAUCAGUCUGAUUCAAAAGAGGAGGACAGUUCAGAAGAGAAUUCACAAGGCAGUUCAGAGGACAGUUCAGAAUUUGAGGAUGAAGAUGAUAGCACCUCUUCUGAAGGUGAAGUCACCAUCGAUACCAUUAAGCUUCCUAAUUCAGAAGAUGGAAAAGGCAAAAUAGAGGUUCUGGACCGUCCUGCCAGUGAAAAAAAAGAAAACAGGGACAUAAACAAUCUGAGAAACAGGUGA